UGGGGUACCCAGGCCAGAUGCGAGAAGAUGAGGGCAGAGGAUGGGCCCCGAACCUUGGUAGCAUUUGUUAUUUGCUCAUGAUGUGCCCAUCUUAACCAAACCACCUCAUUCUUCAUUCAUGUUUCUCCUGGCGCCUCGUUUCUCUGCCCUUGUUUGCAGCCCAAAUUUCGGUCUGUAUUCACUAGCAGUUUUUCUCCUCUUAACCCACUCCAGUCGGGCCUGGACCCCACUCUUCCACUGAAAUAGCGCCUUGUCAAAGCCACCAGUCAUCUCUAGGUCGCCAAAUUCAGUGUUUAGUUCUCAGACCUGUAGCAGUAUUUGAUGUAGUUGAUCUCUUUUUGCUAUGGAAUAUGCCGAAGUGUGACAAAACUUGGAAGAGUAUAGAUUUUAUAGUUUGCAAGCUUGCAGUGGCAGCUUGACUACUUGUAUUCCCUGAGUUACCUAGCAUAACUUCACCCAACUGAACUGCACCUUCCCCAGCUGUGAAGAAGAUGGGCUUGUAGCAGUGAUGUAGACUUAAAUGAGAGUCACCUGUGUAAGCUUCAGUACCAAAGUCUGGAUGAGGCCCUCCCUGGCUUGGUAUUUGACCUACUCCUCCUCCAGACCACGCGCCCCUCUAUACCAUGGCCCUUGUGUCUGCUGAUUCCCGAAUUGCAGAACUGCUCACAGAGCUCCAUCAGCUCAUCAAGCAAACCCAGGAAGAGCGUUCGAGGAGUGAACACAACUUAGUGAACAUCCAGAAGACCCACGAGCGGAUGCAGACCGAGAACAAGAUCUCUCCCUAUUACCGGACAAAGCUGCGUGGCCUCUAUACCACUGCCAAAGCCGAUGCAGAGGCUGAGUGCAAAAUAAAAGAAAAGGAGAAAAGGAAGUCCGUGCUUUAUGCUUCACGCAGACCUCUUCUCUCCCUUCUCCCCACCCUCAGCAUCCUUCGGAAAGCCCUAGAUAAGAUUGCAGAAAUCAAGUCUCUAUUGGAAGAGAGGCGGAUUGCGGCCAAGAUCGCAGGCCUGUACAAUGACUCGGAGCCGCCUCGGAAGACCAUGCGCAGGGGGGUGCUCAUGACCCUGCUGCAGCAGUCAGCCAUGACCCUGCCCCUGUGGAUCGGGAAGCCUGGUGACAAACCCCCGCCCCUCUGCGGGGCCAUUCCAGCUUCUGGGGACUACGUGGCCAAACCUGGAGACAAGGUGGCCGCCCGGGUGAAGGCUGUGGACGGGGAUGAGCAGUGGAUCCUGGCCGAGGUGGUCAGUUACAGCCACGCCACCAACAAGUACGAGGUAGACGACAUUGACGAAGAAGGCAAAGAGAGACACACCCUGAGCCGCCGGCGGAUCAUCCCACUGCCCCAGUGGAAGGCCAACCCGGAGACGGACCCCGAAGCUUUAUUCCAGAAGGAGCAGCUUGUGCUGGCCCUGUAUCCCCAGACCACCUGCUUCUACCGUGCCCUGAUCCACACGCCCCCACAGCGGCCCCAGGAUGACUAUUCUGUCCUGUUUGAAGACACCUCCUAUGCAGACGGUUACUCCCCUCCCCUCAAUGUAGCCCAGCGGUACGUGGUGGCUUGUAAGGAGCCCAAGAAAAAGUGAAGUGGCCUAGCAGACUCGCAAUCAGCUGACACCCUCUACAGGGGAACGCACAAGAUUUUGUGAUCAAAUAAAUAUUCUUCCUCCUUG